AUGGAAUUGACUGAGGGCACCAGUACGGUUGCUUUACAAGUGCAGAAGUUCUUCAAAGCCAUACGAACUACUUUCUCACCUGUACCAUUUGCAUCCAAUGAAUACAAAUCUCCUUCCGAUGAUGAACAAAGUCGAAAACGACGUGCUACUAUGCCGAAGUUAGUUCAUUGUACAUCGUCGCAAGGUGCCGAAACGCGUAUCACUACGGAAAUAACUGCGAGGCAGAAUGAUCCAUUUCUGAUUGUAGUCGUACAUUUAUUACCUACCCUACCAGAAUACUUACGUGCAUUGAAGCACAUUGGUUGUAUAAAAAUCAUAAUAUUCAAAGGUGCACCAGAUUCUGAACGACCUCAGCAUAUGCGUGAAAUGGCCGAAUGGGUGAAGAACCAUGAAGACUUUGGGAAGGCUAUUCAUCCAGAAGUGACAAAAAGUUAUCUCAAAACUCCUGACAAUGUCGUCAAACUAAUAAUGAAUGCUGAGAUUCCGAAAGGAGCUGAAAUUAUCAUUAUGGAUAUUGGAGGUUACUUCGCUCCUUGUCUAGUAGAUUUAGUCCGUCAUCAGACUUCCGAAAAGAAGUGGAAGUUGCUAGGUAUCGUAGAGGAUACAGAGAAUGGA